AUGACUUUGAAUAAGAGCGACAAAUUGCGGAGCAUGGACAAGAGGAGAGGCAGCACGCCCUUCCCCAUGAACAUGGCCAACCUGCACCGGAGAAGCAUGCCGGUGGACGACAGGGACUUGCGCGCCUCCGCCGUGCACUCAAGCGGACAGAAUAACGAGCUGUCCAAGCUGCUGCGCUGCACCUACUCCCAGAACGAUCAGCACCGAGGAAGCUGCGCCUCCGACUCGUCCGACUCGGUCAUCUCCAACGGCAGCGACUCUGACUUGCAGGUGCACAAGGUGGUUCUCCUCGGGGAGCACGGCGUGGGCAAGUCGAGCCUGGCGCGCGUCUUUGGCGGACUUGAGGACGCCGGUCACGAUUGCGAUGAAGCAGGAAACACUUAUGACAGAUCUAUUGUGGUGGAUGAGGAAGAAUCAUCUAUUGUGCUGUAUGACAUCUGGGAACAGGAUAACAGUCAAUGGCUAAAGGAGCAGUGCAUGAGGAUGGGCGACGCCUACAUCAUCGUGUACUCUGUGACAGACAAAUCAAGUUUUGAGAAAGCGUCAGAGCUGCGGAUUCAGCUGCGCAGAGCCAGACAGUCGGAAGACAUUCCCAUAAUCCUCGUGGGCAACAAGAGUGACCUGGUUAGGUCAAGAGAAGUCUCGGUUGAUGAGGGAAGUGCUUGCGCAGUGGUGUUUGACUGCAAGUUCAUCGAGACGUCAGCCUCCCUACACCAUAAUGUGCAGAACCUGUUUGAGGGCAUCGUACGUCAAAUUCGCCUAAGGAAGGACAGCAAAGAGGAGAACGCCCGGCGCAUGGCUAGCUGCAGGCGCAGAGAGAGUAUCAGCAAAAAAGCCAAAAGAUUCCUGGGUCGCAUGGUUGCACGCAAGAACAAGAAAAUGGCUUUUAGGCAGAAGUCUAAAUCCUGCCACGACCUUACAGUUCUUUGA